CCGCGAUGAUGCAACAGCAGCAGCAACAACAGCAGCAGCAACAUGCGUAUAUAUAUAAUGGCGUUAGGCAGAGUCAGCACUUAGUCUCUCGUAUCUAUAACAAGUUGAAGAUGAACUGCCUUCUUCUCCUUCUGGUUGCCGUCGGCCUCUCCUGUGUCAUGGUAGCGCACGCCUCGCCCACCAUAGGUCUGUUGGCCGGCUACGGCUCCCUCAGACCAUUCCAAUACCAACCCAAGCGGCACUUUCACGGGCCUGGCUAUGGGCGAUACCACGGCCAUGGCUACAGGGCCCCUCCCAGAAGGUACCGGCCCCACUUCGGCGUUCUCUGACGACGAAGAGAGCCUGAUGCUAUCCACCAUGGCACCUGUGCCUCCUGGAGACGAAGGACGAGUCGGAUACCUCGCAGGACGAGACCUAGCUGCUGCAGAUCUUCGCCAACAAAACUCGGCGCCCCACCCCCUACAGCGCCACCCUCAGCGACUGAGACCCGAACCAGAGACAGUACUCACGUUUGCUCUAGGGUACACUUCGAGACACGCACUUUAGCUUAUAUUAAGCUGGAUAUAUCAUAAUGGUGCCUGAAUAUUACCUGUUUUUAAGUAGUAAAUUGUACGACUGAUUUUUUGUUUUGUUUAGUUUUUUUGCUACAUUGUUACAUUCGUGGAAUAAAUUUGUUAUAGAAGA